CCUUAAAAUUCUGAAAAAAAGAAAAAAAGAAGUAACAUACCUAAGACCUUGAGAGAGAAGAGAGAGGAAGUAGAGUCCCAAACAAGUCUCUUAGCUAAGAGUUUAGGAUUGGAAUUCUGUCACAGCUUUUUAUCAUCUCUGCGUCGUCGCUCACCUACAACCUUAAAUUUAUACUGGCACAAACUUGGUUUGCUUCUAUGAGCCAAUCCUGGUCCUUUCUUCAGCUUCAUAAUGGUAUUGAAAGGUUUAUGUGAAAGGAUUGUUGCUUCGAAAUGCACUUCUAAAAGCUCAACCGAGACUGUAGAUUCUACUCAGGUGCCUGCUUAUUUAAAAGCAGGGUCUAGUGACAGUAAGUUUCCCAAGGCUUCCUUCUGGUCAAGCAUCUUUACAUCUGGUUUUUCAGUGGUUGAAUCAUUUAGUGAAUCAUCGGCUUCUGAAAAGAAAGCAGUUCAUUCUCGAAGUAGUGGGUGGGCAGCUGCUGUGAGGAAAGUUGUAACCAGUGGUUCAAUGAGGAGAUUUCAUGAGCGUGUACUAGGGUCAAGCAGGACUGACAUUUCAAGUUCUGAUGGUGAUAUAUGGCUUCUAGGUGUCUGUCAUCAAAUUUCACAGCAGGAAUCAAGUGGAGGUGUAGAUACCAAUAAUGGAUUGGCAUCAUUUGAACAAGAUUUUUCCUCAAAAAUCCUAGUUACCUACCGGAAAGGCUUUGAUGCUAUUGGAGAUUCAAAGUAUACUAGUGAUGUUAAUUGGGGCUGUAUGCUUCGAAGCAGUCAGAUGCUUGUUGCUCAGGCAUUACUUUUUCAUAAAUUAGGUAGAUCGUGGAGAAAAUCUGUUGAUAAGCCAGUGGAUAAAGAAUAUUUAAAAAUCUUGCAACUUUUUGGUGAUUCAGAGGCUUCUGCCUUUUCUAUUCACAAUCUUCUUCAAGCUGGUAAAGGUUAUGGCCUUGCUGUUGGGUCAUGGGUGGGACCAUAUGCCAUGUGUCGCACUUGGGAAGUUCUUGCCCGUAUCCAGAGGGAGAAAAAUGACCUUGGAGAACCACCACUUCCAAUGGCUAUUUAUGUUGUUUCUGGAGAUGAGGAUGGGGAACGUGGUGGAGCACCGGUUGUCUGCAUUGAAGACGCCUUCAAACACUGUUCUGAGUUUUCAAGGGGCCAAACUGCUUGGACACCUCUUCUUUUGUUGGUUCCUUUGGUUCUUGGACUCGAUAAAGUCAAUCCAAGGUAUAUUCCGUUAUUGCACUCGACUUUUAAAUUUCCCCAAAGCCUUGGCAUCAUGGGUGGCAAACCAGGUGCUUCAACAUACAUUAUUGGUGUUCAGAGUGAAAAGGCAUUCUACCUUGAUCCACAUGAUGUUCAGACGGUAGUUAAUAUCAGCGGGGAUACUCCGGAGCCUAAUAGUACUUCAUCGUACCAUUGCAAUGUUAUGAGGCACAUACCCCUAGAUUCAAUCGAUCCAUCCUUGGCUAUUGGAUUUUACUGCCGAGACAAAGAUGAUUUUGACGAUUUCUGCUCCCAUGCUUCCAAGCUUGCAGAAGAAUCAAACGGGGCACCAUUGUUCACUGUAGCUAAGUCUCGGAGUUUCUCAAAGCAAGUCUCUAGUAAUGAUGUCUCAGGUGACAACACUGGAUUCGAAGAGGAUGCUUUCCUUGGCACCGACCAUGUUAACGAUGCAGGAACCAAUGAGGAUGAUUGGCAACUCUUAUAAAUGCCAUUGCCAGACAGAGAUUAUGACACAGAUUCAAAGCACUGCGUCAACAAAUUGUUGCUUGGUUCUCACGGGCCUAAUUGCCACUGCAUGUUGGGUUGAUCUCUGGCAUGAGGCUCCCACUCUUCAAACAUUGUUUAAUAGUCCUGUAGAAAGUAAUUUAAACUCAUUAUGAUUCUUUGGCUUAAAUCGUUAUGUGCUCAUUUGUUUAUAUAACUAACCAGAAUUUGUUGUACAUUACAGCAGCUAGUUUGAUCAUAUUUGUUGCGUUUACCCCUUUAUUGGCUACAAAAAUGUAGUGGAUAGUACUGUGGGGCUACAAAUAAAUGGUAGAAAGCAGUUCAUGUUGAGAUGGAAUGUUUUCUUUAGAAGACAUUAUAAACUAAUCACUUGAGUCCCUUGAUAUAAACUAUGGUUCAAGUUUUCUGCUA